GGGAAAUGCAAACCAACAGGACAGACAGGAUGAACCUAGACCUGAGGCAGAUAUCCGUCUCAGAGCAGCACACUAUCUACAGCGGCUUAUACUUGUUUUUCAUGUUUUCUUGAACAUUUAUCGCUCGUUAAUUUGAAAUAUCUACUUUUAUCUCAGCUUUAUGUUAUAGAAAAUGCGUGAAGAGCUCAGAUACCAGUCUUUAUUUUGUCUGUUUAACGAAAACUGUCCCUAACGAAGGUUAAACCGAAGCAGGCAGAAAGAUAACAGCAUUGCUGUGUCUGCAAAUACAGAUUAGCGUUGGCUGAGAUAGUGCAGGCUGUGCAGGCUGCAUCCUGUGGCGCAGUUUGGCUUCCUGGUGUAGGAUGGAUCAUUUACAGCACCGGUCGUCAGACUGUUUCUGUCUUCGGAGGUGAAGGUAGAGAAGAAGAGGAGUGGUGCAGCUGCAGAGUUGCGGUCAUGUGUUGGUACUCUUCAAACACACCUGCACCUCUCACCUCACAACACAAAACCUCAGGCCUGAAUACAGCUGUGCUUUGAGCUGGAUGCUAAAAGCAGAACACUAACAGACAAAGCAUCUCCAUGGAAGGAAAGAAGUCAAGACAAAGGAGACAGACGAGAGGAAACAAACUGAGAAUUUAAACAUCCAGCAACAACGGAGCAACAUUAUAAAACCAUCUGAGUCGAAUUUCCCCCGGAUGAAUGUAAGACCAACCUCGAGAACAUCCCCAACCCUUCAACGUUGAGGCUUCACGAACACAAACGAGAUUCACCGAAGACUGAAGAUGGAUAAAAAUGGUGUGGAGAGAGGACCAGCGUUUUCAACAGCCAGUUCUGUUUCUGUCAGGACUGACCGCUCAAGAGAAUAUCCUCCAGACUUGAGCAUUGAAUCCACACCUUCAGAAGGAAGACUUACUGAAGACCUGGAAUUGGGUAAACGUGGACCAGAGGGAGGAACAGCAUUUUCUAACGCCAGUUUUGGUUCUGCUAAAACUGAUCGAUCAAGAGAAUAUCCUCCAGACUUAUCCACUGAAACCAGACCCUCAGAAGGAAGACUCAUUAAAGAUGUGGAGAUCGGUAAACGUGGACCAGAGGGAGGAAUAGCAUUUUCUACUGCCAGUGUUGGUUCUGCUAAAACUGAUCGAUCAAGAGAAUAUCCUCCAGACUUAAAAACUGAAACCAGACCCUCAGAAGGAAGUGACCAGACAUCGUCAAACUUUCAGCAGGAUUCAGCCACCCAGAAGUUAUUUGAAUCCAAAGUCACUGACCUUGUAAAGCAAGCUCUGAUGGUACAUGAGAAGGUCCUGUCUACACCACAACAAGGACUCUCUGAUGAAGAUGUACAUAAAACAAGGAAUGAAGCAAACGAAGCAGCUCUGAAGAUUGCCCUCUAUGUCUUGAGGACCAUGAAUGAAGAAGAACGUGCUCGUACACUUGAGCAAAGUCAUUAUGGAGAACUCGUUGUGCACCAACGAAAACAAAAAUCUUUCCUGAAGAAGAAAAAUGAGUACUUGUUGCAAGAGAUAAAUACACAACAAUGUCCAGUGCCACUCAAACAGAUUUAUACUACGCUCUAUCUGAUAGAAGGCGACAGUGAAAAUGUCAACAGCGAACAUGAAGUGAGACAAAUUGAGAAAGCCAUUAACAAACGGAAGUCUGUGGAAAUUCUGAUCAGUUGUGAGGACAUCUUCAAGCCCUUACCGAAACUAAACAAACCAAGAGUGGUGCUCACCAAGGGAAUAGCAGGCAUCGGCAAAACCGUGUUGUCCCAGAAGUUCAUGCUGGACUGGUCAGAGGAGAAGGCCAAUCAAGACAUCCAGCUCCUGUUUUCACUUCCUUUUAGGGAGCUGAAUUUGCUUAGAAAUGAAAAAAGAAGUUUGAUGGAGCUUCUGUAUGACUUUGAUCCAGACCUGAAAGUAUCUGGAAUCAAAGACCUGAAGGCGUACAAAGUCCUGUUUGUAUUGGACGGUCUUGAUGAAUGCAGACUCUGUCUGGAUUUUGAGGGAAAUGAUAGAUGUCAUGAUGCUACACAGUCUGCCCCAGUGGAGGUGCUGCUGACAAACCUCAUUGCAGGUAAUCUGCUGCCAGAAGCUUAUCUGUGGAUAACAACCCGACCUGCUGCAGCCAGCUGUGUCCCUUCACAGUAUGUUGACCGGGUGACUGAGAUACGAGGCUUCAACAACCAACAGAAAGAGCAGUAUUUCCACAAGAAAAUUGAGGAUGAAAACUUGGCCAAAAGAGUCAUCGCAAAUAUAAGGUCUACCAGAAGUCUCUACAUCAUGUGUCAUGUGCCAGUGUUUUGCUGGAUUUCUUCUAUUGUCCUGGGAGAAAUGUGCGCUAAAGCAGGAGUAGGAAAGUUGCCAAAGACUUUGACUCAGAUGUACAUCCACUUUUUGGCACAUCAGACCACACAGAUGCGUGUCAAGUACUCUGAGAAGCAAGAACUGGACUCCCAGGGGAAUAACAAGGUGAUUAUGUCACUUGGGAAGUUGGCCUUCCAGCAGCUGGACAAAGGCAACCUGAUCUUCUACGAGGAGGAUCUCAGAGAAUGUGGUAGUGAUGUCCAAGAAGCAUCUGUCUACUCUGGAUUGUGCACUCAAGUCUUUAGGGAAGAGUCCUGCAUGCAGAAAAAAGUCUUCUGCUUUGUACAUCUGUCUGUCCAAGAGUUUCUCGCAGCUUUGUACGUUAAUGUUACGUACAAGGUCAGUGGUGAAAACCUGAUGACCAAAGAACCUAAACCAUUCGCCAAAACAAAGCCUGUAUCUGAGCUGCACAAAGCUGCAGUGGACAGAGCUUUAAAAAGCGAAAACGGUCACCUGGAUCUCUUCCUGCGUUUCCUCCUCGGACUGUCUCUGGAGUCCAAUCGGAAUCUGCUCAGAGACCUGAAGAUUCAGGUAGAAACCUGCGACUCCCAAAGUCAUUUGGAAACCAUCGAGUACAUAAAGGAGAAAAUAAGUCAGACUCAUCAUACGGAGAGGUAUAUCAAUCUCUUCCACUGUCUGAAUGAGUUAAACAACCACUCUCUGGUGGAAGAGAUCCAGAGCUACUUGGAGUCAGACCAAGACUCAGUGAUGGACGAGCGCUCUGCAGCUCAGUGGGCAGCUCUGGUCUUUGUGUUGCUGACCUCACCGGAGAAACCAGAAGAGAUCCACCUCAAGAAAUACUCCAGAACAGAAGAGGGCCUUUCCAGGCUCCUACCAGCCAUCAAAACAUCUAGGACAGCAAUGUUGAAUGAUUGUAAUCUUACUGCACACUGCUGUGAGGAGCUGUCCACAGUCUUCAGCUCAUGCUCUAUGGAGCUGAAUCAUUUAAACUUAAGUGACAACAACAUAAAAGACUCAGGAAUUGAGUUUCUCUGUGCCGGACUCAAGAGUCCACGUUGCAGACUGAAGACGCUGAGGCUCAACAGAUGCAGUCUCACCUCCAGAUGCUGUAAAGAUCUGGCUUCAGUUCUGAGCUGUCCCUCAUCACGUCUUGAAGAGCUGGACCUGAGUGACAAUGACAUCGAAGACUCAGGAGUAGAGCUGCUCUCCACCGGACUGGGAAAUGUGUGCUGUAAACUGAAAACCCUAAGGUUGUGGUUCUGUAGCAUCACAGAGAAAGGUUGUGGUUUCUUGGCCACAGCAGUAAAGUCCAACGCUUCCCACCUGGAAGAGGUGGACCUGAGCUACAAUCACCUUGGAAAGUCUGGAGCGACGCUCAUCUCCGAGGCUCUGGUGGAAGGAAAAUGUGAAUUUACUAAACUCAGAGUCGACCACAAUGCAGAACACUGGUAUAAACCAGGACUGAAACGAUAUGCAUGUGAGCUCACAAUCGAUCUCAACACAGUUCACAAACUCCUCAUCCUCUCUGACGGGAACCGAAAAGUUACCCAGGGCAGAACGAAGCAGCCAUACCCCGAUCACCCUGACAGGUUUGACUACUGGACCCAGGUCCUGUUCCAGCAGGGCCUGGACAGCCGCUGUUACUGGGAGGUGGAGUGGAAAGGACACUGGGCCGGGAUCGGAGUGACCUACAAGGAUAUCAAGCGCAAAGGGCCGGAUAAUGACUGUGUGAUUGGAUACAAUAAAAUCUCUUGGAGUAUCCACUGUUGUGAUCAUGGCUAUCGUGCUUAUCAUGACUUCAAGGGCGUUGUCCCCCAGGUCCCUGUGGCUGGUUGUCACAGACUGGCGGUGUAUCUGGACUGGGACGGAGGUGUCCUGUCUUUCUACAGAGUCUCUCCUGAGGGGUCACUGACACACCUUCACACCUUCGUCUCUGAAUUCACUGAACCUCUUUAUCCAGUUUUCAGAGUGUGGGGCAAAGGCCACUCACUGAGGCUGUGUCAGGUGAAAUAAUCUGUCAAAAGGAAAAAGGCAUGAACAGUCAAAAUGAUCAACUGUAAAUAGUGUACUUUCUUCUGAGAGAAAACAGCUUAAAACCAUUUAAACCAAGACGUUUUUAAAAAUAGUUUUGAAUUAUUUUUUGUGCAUUUUCAGCCUUUAUUAGGUAGGUGUAGUAGAGGGAGAUGGGAAAUGAUGGUAAAGAGCAGGGGAAAGACAAGCAGUGAAGGGUCAGUCUGGGCGGAAGUCAGCCCAGGAACCAGUUGCUCAGGGCAUGCGCUCAUGUGGUAACUAUUCAACCUAACUAUUCGGUCAAUGAGUUGCCCCAAUUUAAAGUUUAAACAUCUAACAAGUAGGAUUGAACUGAAUGUUUUGAGCCCUCAAAGCUUCUACUGUUGACAUAGUAAUCAAUGUCCAAUACUAUUAUUAUAUAUGCAUUAACACAAAAAUUCCAAAUAGCCUGUGUAAUAAGAAAUCGUAAUCAUUAUUCGUUAGUAUUAUAUAAUUAUUAUUUUACAAGUGUGACAGCUUCUUGGUGUGAGAUCUGGAUUGUUUUUCUGUCUCCACAUGGCAACAGCUUUUUAGACUGUCCAUACAUCCAUCCGUACAUCCGUCAGUCCCAUUCUUGUGCACACGGUAUCUCAGUAACACCUUCAGGGAAUUUCUUUAAAUUUGAUAACAUUCAGCAUUUUCCCCAAGUCUGUGGAAGACUUGAUGCUUGUAUAUUUUCAACUAAAAAUAUAAAAUUUAACAUAACUUUGGACCAUUAUUAUUACCAUAUAUGUCAACACGUAGAUUCAGCCGGUCCUUCAGCUAGUAUAUUAGUACUAUUAGUACAGUACAGUACUAAUGAAUCCCCCCCAAAACUGGAAAAGGUAACAGAGAAAAUAAAUAAACAACAUCCAGAAAACUUUAAGACAAAUCUUAAAUUCUAAAUAAAUCCUAUAUAAAUUCACUGGAAACCGACAGUAACCAUUAGAUCUGGGAAAAGUCUUUAUGUUGUUUUUUCUCUCCACAGUGAUUUUUGAUGAAUUUAGGGCUUAGGUGGUUCCCAAAAUGGCUUGGGUGCUUGGGUGCUUGGGUAGGAAACACCCUGACAUUCACUUGGACUCAAGGAUGACCUGAUUUGAUUUUGGUGAUCAGAGGUCACUGAUCUCACAAAAUGUAUUGUUGGCCUCUUGGAUGGGAUACCUCAAGACUGCUCUGAAGGAAUUUCUUCAAAUUGGCACAAGCAUCCCCUUGGGCUUGUUCUUGGCCAUAACUUAUGUAUUUAUACACCAAUUAACUGACAAUGGAGACAUAUGCUGGUUUUUGAUUUGUUUUUGCUUGUUCAUUGUAGAUGCAUUAUCUAACACUAAGCUAGGUAGGAAACUAAUGUGCUUAUACCUGUUGAAAGCUAAGGUUCCUAAUGCUUUUACACAUGGUUGUUUCAUGACUUCAGAUUGUUUUUGGUAGGUUGUUCAAAGUAAUUGCUAAGCUAAGUAAGUUGAAGGUAGCUGGCUGUCUAGGUGGUAGUUAGGGUCAAGUAAAGGAUGUGGUGUUCAGACUGUUUUUUUUAGAGUAGAAACUGCAGUGUUUGUUAGGACAUUUGCAGGUUGUGACAGUGAUAGCCUUAUGUGUCCAUAGUGUGUGUGUGUGUUUGUGUGUCCCUGUGUGCGACCAUCACUGACGAGUUCAAACAUCUAAACUUUAUAUGAAAUUCUUGAUAUAAUUUAGCUAAUUACUUGUGUAAUUCUGUCUUUUCAGACCUGAUUACUGAGCUAUAUAUGUUUUAUAGAUAUCAGUUUAUAUUUGCAUUUAUCUGUUCUGUAUAGAGCAUUCAUAAAUUGCUGUGGAUUCACUUAAAAUGUAUAUUAAAUCAAAGUAACGAGUGUA